AUGGUCGAGUUCGUCAAGGCUGUGCGGUACGUGGUGUCUGACGAGUCUUCCGGCGUCCCGUCACUCAAAGAAAGGUGGUGUUAUAGCACAAGGUUGCACUACUACCAUCUUUCCAAAGCAGACCUUCCCGCCAAAUACCUCGAGGAUGAAGACAUUUUGGCCCUCCAUGCUCCUAAAGCCCUAUGGUCUCCUACGUGUCCAAGAGCUGGAAGGGGUUGCCAGGGCACUGCCAUAUCUUCCCUUUCUGACUGCCGUUGGAAGCUCACCUACAUGGCAAUCGUCAUGUUGUGGCUGUUACUGAGUGCCGAGCGAGAACUUCGCUCCAAGCCGGGGAGGCCCGUCGAUUGUGCUAGGCAGAAUCAAGCACAAUUGCAAGGCCCGAACGGUAACCCCAAGAUUAUAAGGCCGCCAUCAUGA